ACCUGCACUUCCUUCACCGAAGCUGCCCCUUUAAGAAUUGCUGCCCAGGCCCCUCCUCCACGCUAGUCGCUGCCGGAGCUGGUGGGGAAAGCAGAGCGCGCCAUGGCGAUGAUUUUGGGUUACUGGGAUAUUCGAGGGCUUGCUCAUGCCAUCAGGUUACUACUGGAGUACACAGAAACACCUUAUGAAGAUAAACUAUACAGCUGUGGAGAAGCUCCUGACUAUGAUAAGAGCAAGUGGAUCAAUGAAAAGGAAAAGCUGGGUCUGGACUUCCCCAAUCUUCCCUAUCUAAUUGAUGGCAAGACCAAACUUACACAGAGUAAUGCCAUUCUCCGGUACAUUGCACGCAAGCAUAAGAUGUGUGGAGAAACUGAGGAGGAGAUUUGCAGAGUGGACAUGCUGGAGAACCAAGUGAUGGAUUUACGCAUGAGCCUGGUGGUGGUCUGCUACAAUCCUGAUUUUGAGAAACUGAAGCCUGGGUAUUUGGAACAACUCCCGGAAAAGCUGAAGCUGGUCUCCCAGUUCCUAGGAGACAGAAAAUGGUUUGCUGGGGAGAAGAUUACAUUUGUUGACUUCCUCAUGUAUGAUGUCCUCGACCAAAACCGUAUGUUUGAACCCAAGUGCCUGGAUAAGUUCAAGAAUCUUCAGGAUUUUCUCACCCGUUUUGAGGGCCUGGAGAAGAUUGCUGCCUAUAUGCGCUCCAGCCGCUUCAUGAAGACUCCGAUUAAUAACAAGAUGGCCAAGUGGUGCAAUAAGAAAGAGUAAUGCCUUGGUGAAAUGCCGAUUCUCCUUAGCUGGAAUUGGAUGAGUAGACAGAUGGCAACAUUCUAGUGUCUCUAUUCUCCACCCCCCCACCCCCUUUAGUAUAACAAUGAACAAAGGUUUUUUCUUUGCCUUGAAGACUGUAGCAACCAGUAAUGAAUGUUGGAAUUAUAUGGUCAUGUUGAAUCACAUCACUUUUUUGGCAGAUUUAUCUCAUGAGCGCUGACUGGCUGAGUGGCUUUUUGAAAUAUCUUACUUGUGGAAGAUGAAAUCUUCAUGUUGGAUGCUGGUUUCUUGUUAAUGUGAGAGCUAGUUUAGUGGUCUACUGGAGGAAGUUUUCUUGAUAGCUACCAAGUAAAAUUCUGUGUUUUAUUUUUAUUAAUACAAAAGUGUUCACACCCAAUUCAACAAUAAAAUGAAGGUAGUUUUAACACUUCUGGAAAAA